CAGUAAAAAUCGGCUGUGGUUGUUCAAGUCAAUAGGUGUUUUUAUAUUUUGCUCAAAAUUUUCAAUUUUACAAAAUAAUAACCAUGUUGUCUUCUGUGCUACUGCGUGGCGUUGGACGUGGCAAUGCUGCAAGCCUUAUUAAAUCCGUGCGUCUGUCGCCGCUGAAGGCCUACUCGACAAUUGUGGCCAACACGCAACGCCAAGCUCUGACAAAGCCUGUUGUGCUGGCCAAGCAAGUAGCGCCCCUGGCGAUGCGACAGAUUUCAGUGAGCGCUCCCCGAAUGGCUUCGGAUACCAGUAAUCACACAGGCUUGUGGACGGUCGAGCGCUUGGUGUCUGUUGGACUGUUGGCAGUUAUUCCUGCAGCUUUUGCCGCCCCUUCCCAGGUGCUGGACGCCCUAUUGGCGAUAUCUGUAGUAAUUCACACCCAUUGGGGCGUCGAAGCUAUGGUAGUCGACUACCUGCGUCCAAGUGUCGUGGGCAAUGUUCUACCAAAAGUUGCUCACAUUGCCCUUAUCAUAAUAUCCGUUGCCACAUUGGGCGGUCUCUUUUACUUCAUCAAGAAUGAUAUCGGCCUGGCCAAUGGCAUUAAACGCUUUUGGGCCAUCAAGGGCAAGGAUUCCGAAAACAAAGCUUAAUUGCCUAGCGGAGUAGGGCCAACCCCUUAACUAAAUUGUGUACAGCAACUCGACGAUUGCUUCAUAGUCAUUAGCAAUAAAUAAAAAAAUAACUUGUAACUCGUA